AUGGCCAGCGAGACUCGACUGAAUCAGAUUGUCAAAGGGGUUCCGACUGUCGACCUCACUCCUCCCACAACCGCACCUCUGCAUUCCCUCGGCAAGUCCUCUCAAUCCGAAAAAUACUACUCUGACCCCCACCUCUCAACUCUUCCAUCCUCGCCGCCGCAAAUCUACCUAAACCUCCUAAUCCUUGAGUCCUCUCUCCGAGCCCAAUACCUCCACCUCGUCUCUCGCCGCCGCCUUAAUUCGUUCUUCCUCCUGCUGCUGUUCUGUUGGAACAUCUUUUUCUUCUACGCCCUCUUCAUCAAAGAACGAGAAGAUGGCACUGGUCGCGGUGGUUCGGUCUACUGGGUCAUUGAAACCUCUGAGAAGCUGGCUCUGAUGGGUGGUGCCAUGACUGUUCUUCUAGUCUGGGGCACCGGUCAAUGGGAGCGAGCUAUCCGCUGGCCCCGGAAAUGGUUGGGAACCACAAAUCGUGGCCUCCGCCCAUUCAAUCUACGUGUGGUCGUUACCAGAGGCAAGCUGUGGCGCGAAACUCUAGGCCACUUGUCUUUCCUCCUUCCGCUCGGCAUGUGGCGCGAAGCUGGUGGCUCAGAUUGGCAUUUCGUCGAACACGAGAACGGGCCAGUGGUUGAAGAAGAUCUAGCCAGGGGCGGGGACCACAUUAUGCUGCUGCUCCUCCCUAAAUCCUUUAGCCCGGAAUUCCGGGAGAACUGGGAAGGCUACAGGACGGAGUACUGGGACAAGGAAAACGAACGACGCAGGGGCCUCAGACGCAAGAUGAACAUUCAGCGUCGCGCAAAAGCCAAAGAAGCUGGCGGUUGGAAAUGGUGGACGGGCCUAUGGCGCCUUGCUGCCCGGAGCCACCAUAGGAGGCCUCAUGAUCUGGAGAAACAUCCACAUGGUCACCACUCCUCCUCCCGCCAUGUCUCCACCUCUGAGAAGGAUUCUCAAUCUCGCCCGUCAUCUGUAAUCAUCAAAGGCCGCCGCAACGGAAUGCGCUCUGAUUCUACUCAUAGCCGACAAUCCUCGCGGUCGUCUACACCUCAUCUGGAGAACGGGGGCUUGGAAAGGCCCCUCUCAGACCGCGUCAGACGGGGUAGCAGCGUCAGCAGUACUGCUAGUGUAAGGCGCAAACCUCGAGACCACGACAAACGAGACUCUCUCACUUCAGGGUCUGCAUUGAGUCCUCUGACCAGCACAUCCAGCGUGUUGAAUGCCGAGGACGAACGACAGGAGAGGAGGCGGCGGAGGAAAGAACGCGAAGCGGCCAAAGAGGCACGCGAACGAGAAAAGGACAGGGACAAAAGUGACGAAGGCGAAAGCAGACCCACCACGCCCAAGACUGAGACUGUGGCGGUCAAGAGCGAGCCUGCGUGA